ACGGGGCAGCGAGUCCGCCCCUGUAGUCUUGCAUUUGCUUCCUGUCAAACAUCACGCCAAAUGGAUUUGUCGCUCCAGUCGGUCCACUCGAAGUGUCAGUGAGCUUCCAGAUAAAGUUUUAGCAACAUGUUUCCUGUCCUGCACUAAGUCGCGCAUUUCAUCGAAUCUCGCUCCACACCCUUGGGUCGCAUUAAUUUUAGAUUUCAUUGUUUUUCUUGAUGAAGAAUUGAAAACAAGAUGUUGAGUUGCUUCAGUACAAUUAGUACUCCCAGUUUGGGGGAAAUGGAGGCAACGAUCUCAUUACUGGAACGUGGGACGAUUAUAACAAAAUUAUACCCAAAACAUCGAGCUGAGCCGAAGAAAUUGAUGCUUGUUCGUGAAACCAGGCAGCUAUUAUGGUCAUCAGCUAAUGUGAAUACUCGGACGGAUUUUGAGGGCUCCCUUGAACUUCGCGAAGUUAAAGAGAUUCGUCAAGGGAAAAAUUCCAAAGAAUUUCGCAACUUUAUGGAUGAUUCAAAGAAAUUCGACGCACAAAAAUGUUUUGUUCUGCUUUAUGGUAAUACGUUUAAGUUGAAGACGUUUUCAGUGGUUGCAUUUUCAGAGCAAGAGUGUGAGAACUGGAUCAAAGGAAUCAAGUACAUGGUAAUGGACACCAUCAAUUCUCCAUAUCCAUUGCAAGUGGAACGCUGGCUUCGGAAGGAAUUUUACGCAAUUGAAAACGCAAAUUUGCAUUCUAGAGACAAUGGUAGCGUUACUAUAAAGGACUUCAAGGCGUUCCUGGCCAGCGUUAGCUGUAAAAUGUCGACAGGGAAAUUGAUGGAACAUUUCUCUCAAUCAACAGAUUCGAAAAAGGGAGACUUGCGCUUCGAUGAUUUCUCUCGAUUGUACCAAAAACUUUUGCUUCCACAAUCGUUCGUCGAAGGAUGUUUUAGUGAUCAAUUUCGCUAUUCGAGAAACGGAAACACGGUAACAUUACAGGAGUUUCAAAGUUUUCUUAUUACUGAACAAAAUGAUGCAAUGGGUCGUGACGACAAGGCGGUUUCUAAAUUUAUUUGUGAGUUUCUGCAAGAUAUUGAACGGGAAGUGCAAGAGCCUUACAUGACUAUUAAUGAAUUUGUGGAUUUUUUAUUCUCGAAACAAAACGAGAUAUGGGACAGUAAGGCGGAGAAAAUUUAUAUGGAUAUGAAGCAGCCCAUGUCUCACUACUGGAUAGCGUCGUCGCAUAACACCUACCUAACGGGCGACCAAUUUUCUAGUGAAUCCUCCACAGAAGCCUAUGUUCGCGCCUUACGAAUGGGAUGUCGUUGCAUUGAAUUGGAUUGCUGGAAUGGUCCGGAUAAUCUACCACUUAUUUUUCACGGUCAUACAAUGACAUCGAAGAUUAAAUUUAAAGACGUGAUCAAGACAAUAAAGGAGCACGCAUUUGUAACAUCAGAUUAUCCAGUGAUCCUAUCAAUCGAACAAAACUGCAGUCUCGAACAACAAAGAAAUAUGGCUCAGGCACUUAUUGAUGUAUUCGGGGACAUGUUACUUGUACAAAAAGUAGAUAAAAAUGAAACAUCUUUACCAUCACCGCACAAACUACAGCGCCGGAUCAUUUUAAAGCAUAAAAAACUACCCGAAUACGAAGAUGGGUGUCAAAUACGGUCAGAUGACAGUGAAAAUGUUCAAAAUAUUUUAAAAGAGGACAAAUUAUACUUCAAGGAUCCAGUCGAUAAGACGUGGAAUCUGUAUAGAUUUGUUUUAACACAGCAGGAAUUGAUAUACAGGUACGAUCUCAUUAUCUUCAAAGAUUGCAUUGGAUUUAAGGUUUUCGCAUAUAGUUCUGAAACAGGUGAUAAUCGGGAUGACGAGAUCGAUCAACCGUUUCCAAGAAUCAAGGAGAAUCUAGUGAACGAUGAACUACAUUUCGGUGAAAAUUGGUUUCAUGGAAAGUUAGAGGGUGGUCGUAAGGAAGCGGACACACUUCUGGAGGCAUAUAAGCAUUUGGGUGAUGGAACAUUUCUGGUUCGCGAAUCAAUCACAUUCGUUGGCGAUUACAGCUUAUCCUUCUGGCGGAAAGGCCGUGCAAAUCACUGCAGGAUAAAACUGCGACAAGAAAAUGGAGCGACUAAAUAUUACCUUCUGGAAAAUUUAGUAUUCGAUAGUUUGUACAGCCUAAUUAUGCAUUACAGGCAGAAUAUGUUGCGUAGUUCGGAAUUUUCAAUCACAUUGAAAGAGCCUGUGCCUCAGCCAAAGAAGCAUGAAAGUCAGGAAUGGUUUCAUCCGAACACCACCCGAGAACAGGCAGAGUCCGUCCUUAUACGUCUCGAAGUUGGUUCGUUUCUUGUAAGGCCCAGCGAACAUAGCACUAAUGCCUACGUUAUUUCCUUCACGGCCAAUCGGAAAAUAAAACAUUGUCGGAUAAUGGCAGAAGGACGACUUUAUGUUGUUGGUCAGACCCAAUUCGAGAGUUUAGUAAGUCUGGUCAACUACUACAUGAGAAAUCCGUUGUAUCGCAAUGUGAAACUGCAACAUCCGGUUUCAAAGGAAGCAUUACGGAGCAAAUUAGCAAUAUAUAAUGCAAUGGGCGAGGAAAAUGGUAAUGAAGCGUCCAGUUAUAUGGAUCCCAGCUGUUCGGAGGAGCGUGUUACUUGCAAAGCUUUGUACAAUUAUAAAGCGUCGCGACCGGACGAAUUGUCUUUUCCAAAACACGCGAUUAUUACAAACGUUCUUCCGAAAACGAAUAGCAUGUGGUGGAGAGGAGAUUACGGUGGACUAAUUCAACGCUACUUUCCAACAAACUACGUUAAAGUCAUUGAAUCUAGCAAUGACGACACUCUAAGUCAUACAAGUGAUGAUAAUAUAAGCGAAUGCUGUUCCAGGACAGAUUCCAUAGAAAUCCAUGGAGCAGUUGUGGACUUAUUGGAAGUGAACGAAGGAGAUAUAAUUUUAAAAAUGCGUAUUCAAACUCCGAUGAUGCCCAACAGUUUUGAGAUUGGGUUCAACAAUCAGCAGCUGGCGUAUGAGUGGGGCCAAUCUAUACAGCAAGCAGCACAAAUAGCUAGUCAGUUAGAGAAUGAACGGCGAAAGAAGGAGCGCAAUGCCCGUGUAGCGAAAGAAAUGUCUGAUUUGAUCAUUUACUUCCGCAGUGUACCGUUCAGAGAGUAUGGCUGGGUAUUCUAUGAGAUGUCCAGCUUUCCUGAAACCAAAGCUGAAAAACAAUUCAUCCAGCAGAAUACACAGCUCUUUCUUACGUACCAUAGAAAUCAAAUAAGUCGUGUAUACCCAAAAGGUCAACGUUUGGACUCUUCGAAUUUCAGUCCGGUUCCUUUUUGGAAUGUAGGCUCCCAAAUGAUUGCCUUGAACUACCAAACAAAUGAUAAACCAAUGCAACUGAAUCAAGCAAAGUUUCGCGAUAAUGGUGGUUGUGGAUAUAUUCUAAAACCGGAUUUCAUGCUGAAUGAAAAUUUCGAUCCAAACGAUCCAAACACGUUGGUCGGUGUAGAGGAGAAAAUCAUCACGAUUCGAAUAAUAGGAGCACGACAUUUAUGCCGGGCAGGAAAAAAUCUACCGAGUAAUCCUAUGGUGGUGAUUGAAUUAAUCGGAGCAAGUUACGAUACCGGUAUCAAACAUCGCACGAAAGUUUUAGAUAACGCAUUUAAUCCUGUAUGGAAUGAAAUAUGUGAUUUUUCAGUACGAAACCCUUACUUUGCCUUACUACGCUUCGAAGUACAAGAUGAGGAUAUGUUUGCUGAACGGCAUUUUGUUGCACAAGCUACAUUCCCUAUCAAUUGCUUGAGAACUGGAUACCGCAGUGUACCGCUUAGGAAUAAAUUUAGCGAAGAGCUUGAAUUAGCAUCUCUCUUGGUUCAUAUAACUAUAAAAACCAGAACUGAGCAAGCUGAUGGGAUGAUUUCAUCCUUGCGAAUUUAAGUAUAACUUUACACGUAGUUUAUAAGGAAAAAAAAUGUUUCUAAAGCGUAUUUUUAUGAACGAAGAUAUACGAAAGUAAAUUAUAUUGUAAAUGUCUAUAUAUUUUUUGACGGUAAAUCUUUUUGUAUGUGAGUCAUUAAUAUUCUUCCAUUUGAAAAGUCGCCUUAAAAGUGUAAAAGUGAAAAGUGAUGUUUGUAUUUUGGAUCUUCAUUGUUAACUGCAUUAAAUUUAUAAGCUUUGAUCGAUUUUUCGAUGUGCAAAGAGGUAUACAAGUGUUAGAUAUUCUUUACAUUCUGUUGUUACUUACUUUAGUGUUGUUUAUUGUAAUGUCAAUUUUUGCAAUAAAUUUCCAAUAACUUCUC